AUGCAUAUUCAAAAUAAGUCAAAAAGUUCACGUGCAACAGAUAUUUCAGAUCGCUGCAAUUACUUCUUCACGGCACUCAUAUUCGCAUUUUUCUCGCUACUUAUCGGUACUAAACAACACUUCGGUGCACCAAUUAGUUGUCUUAUCGAUCAGCACUAUUCAGGUAAAGUUAUGUUAUCCAUGCACUUUAUUUUUGGGAUUGUAAAUUUAGUGUUGUCAACAAAAAGUUAUUUUGAUCGGAAGACAAAAGUGUAUAAACUGAAUGAAUUAAAAAACUCGUAUUCUGGUUUAGACUCCUGGAUUGGUUAUGUGCAUGACUAUUGUUUCAUUUCUGAACGUUAUUCGCUAACGAAACCUGAAUAUGAAGAUACUAAUGUUGCUGCUUUUGAUUCUACAGUCGGAAAAAAAUAUGAAAAUUAUUAUCAGUGGGUACCGUUUCUUCUUGCUGCUCAGGCGUUGGCAUUUCACGUACCACAUUGUCUCUGGCGAUGGUUACAGAAAUUAAGCAAUUUGGAUAUGGCUGUAGUAAUAGAAGAAGCAGUUCGAGUGCAUGACAUGGUAGCAGACGAACGCAGUAAAGUCGUGAAAGAUUUGGUUCGGUAUCUCGAGCAGUGUUCGAAUAAUCCGAUCAGGCAUUCGUUGUUUAUGAAUUUCACUCAUAUUACUCGUGCUGGAUGGUAUUCGUCCCUUGUUUAUACUCUUCAAAAAUUGUCAAACGUUGCAAACACAGCAUUACAACUGCUUAUUGUAAACAUAUUUGUCGGAGAUGGCACACUUCUUUGGGGAUAUCAGCUAAUCAAAGAUCUAAUAUGGGGUCGAGAUUGGACACAUACUGGCCAUUUUCCGCGUGUAGUAUAUUGCGACUACAAGAAGUACGAAUUAGCAAAUGUUCAACAAAAGACAGUUCAGUGUGCACUCUCAAUAAAUGUACUCAACGAAAAGGUGUUCGCAUUGAUUUCCGCUUGGCUCAUGGUUUUAUUUGUAAUCAACGUCAUCAGCGCAUUUCAUGUAAUCAGUGCAUUAUCAGUACCAGUAUUCCGAAAGCGUUCAGUAUUAAAUUAUCUUAAGGCGUUUGCUUUUCCAGAAGAUUUAUUUGGUGAUUUCUUCUUCGAUAAUGGUGGUAAAUUGCAUGGGAAGGUAAAGUCAGAAGUUUGUUUGUCCACAGAAGCAAGUUCUUCAUUUCAUUCUAAAGUAAGGCGUCGUUUAUGUGCAAGUGCUGAUUGUAACGACAGUGAAGAUAUUGAAAAUGAUAAAAUAGAGGGACACAAAACGACUGUGCAGAAUGAACAAUUGGUUAUGAUUGCAGACACUAGACUACAGCACAUUUCAGAAAAAAACGAUGACCUUGUAUAUAACUUCAUCAGCGAAGUUGUUCAUCCAGACGGUAUUCUGCUUCUGCGCUUUUUACGUGCCCAUGUGGGUGGAAUGGUUACAUCUGAUAUUGUUUUCGUGCUAUGGACUGAUUAUCUGAAAGCAAAACAUUCAAAAAAACUUUUGUACUCAUCCAAAAUUGUUGGUGGCCUGACAUCUGGUGAGCUUGAUACAAUGUUUUGA